CUCCCUCUGCCUGUUUACUCCAAAACACACCACUCCUCACCUGUGCAUCUCCAUCACCGAUUCCCACACUUCUCACAGCACUAUAUAUACAGGUGCUGUGAGUGUGAGCACAACUUUGCUCUCCCUCUGGAUUUGACACACAGCACAGCCACACACUCUCCCUCUCCAAAGCCAUCAUGACAGAUUCAGCAUUUCCAGACACAUGUCCCCUCUGCAUGGACGCGCUGAGGGACCCUGUCACCAUCCCGUGUGGGGACACCUUCUGCCUGGAGUGCAUUAAGAUCUACUGGGACCAGUACGACCACAUCGGCGUCUACAACUGCACCCAGUGCCGCGCCAGCUUCACCCCGCGCCCUGUCCUGCGCCGGAACAUCCCCAGUAUACGCUCCUCGGACCCCCAUGACCCGCGACCUCUCCCUGAGCUCACGCCGUUCCCCUACCUGAAGCAAAACUCGCUCUGUGACUUCUGCACAGGCCGGAGGAACCCUGCGGUGAAGUCUUGCCUGGUGUGCCUGGCGUACUACUGCGAGACGCACAUCAAGCCGCACUACGAGUCGGCCACCUUCAAGCGGCACAAGCUGGUGGACGAGACGGGCCACCUGGACCGCAAGAUCUGCCCGCAGCACGAGAAAGGCCUCGAGCUGUUCUGCCGCACGGACCAGAUGUGCGUCUGCGUGCUGUGCACCGUGCGAGAGCAUCGCAGCCACAACAUAGUGAGUGCGGAGGAGGAGAGAACAGAGAAACAGAAAGUGCUGGUGAUUACACAGUCAGAUGUUCAGCAUAUAAUUCAGGAAAGGAUGAAGGAGCUGCAAGAGCUCCGCCAUAAUGUAGAAGUACUUAAGGGUAAUGCCCAUCGAGCGCAAGGGGACAGUGAUAAGAUUUUCUCUGAGAUGCUGCAGGCCGUGGAGCGUUGGCACGCAGAGAUCAGCCAGCUCAUUCAUGCCAACCUGCAGGCUUCCAUGGCACAGGCCCAGGGCUACGUGGAGAGACUGGAGCAGGAGAUCAUGGAGUUACAGAGGAGAGAUGCUGAGCUCAGGCAGAUACUGGACACAGAGGACCACAUCCACUUCUUGCAGAAUUUUCCCACGCUGUCUGUUCCCCCUGAGCCCAUGGUUCCGAAAGUGCUCGUCAACCCCGAGUUCUCCUUCGGUGAAGUCACCAAGACGGUCACAGAUAUGAGGGAGCACUUAGAUGACAUCUGCAAGAAAGAGCUCAGCCAAGUCUCCAAAACAGUGAACGACACCCCGGUUUAUAUCCUUAUCCCAAGAACUGCAGGACGCUUAAAAGCAAAAUCGGACUUCCAGCAGCCCAAACACAGAGCAGACUUCUUAAAGUACACCUCUAGCCUCACGUUUGACCAAAACACAGCCUACAAAGAGCUGGUCUUGUCAGACAAUGGUCGCAAGGCGAUUAGGAAAAAGACGGUUCAGUUCCAUCCUAACCAUCCGGACCGCUUCGAUGGAUUCUGUCAGAUUCUCUGCAGUGAGCCUCUCAGUGGCUUUCGCCACUACUGGGAGGUGGAGUGGACCGGUGAGUUCUCCAUUGGUGUUGCUUACAAGACAAUCAGCCGCAAAGGCAAAAAUUCAAACAGCCUCCUCGGCUACAAUGACAAAUCCUGGAGUCUCCUGUGCUCAGAUUCUGGCUAUUCCUCCUGGCAUAACAAAAUGGACAAAGACUUGCCGGAAGCUACCCGAGCCUCUCGCAUUGGUGUUUAUCUGGAUUAUGCAGGCAACUCUGUGUCAUUUUAUGCCAUCACAGAGUCCAUGGAGCUCAUUCACAAAUUUCAGGCAAACUUUACGGAAGCGCUGUAUGCAGGUUUUGGGGUUGGUUCAUCUGUAACCAUCUGCACCACGGGGAACAGCAUCCGUCCUUACUAAUAAGUCAUUGUAAGCUAAAAAAUGUAAAUGGUAACAGGGUCCCUGGUAUCACAUUUCCACUUGCACAAUGCAUCAAAUCAUCACUUUGAUCUUGUUGUUCUGUUAAAUAUUAUAAAUAACUAAAAUACUACAGUUGCAAAAGCAUAAUAUCAGCAGCAUGCAAGAAAAUAUUGACUGAGUUUGUGAUGGUUUAGGAUAUUCAACAGGUGAUGUGUGUAUGUGGCCUAGGUUUAUGUAUAUACAAAAGAAAUAAAUGAUCAGGAGAUUAUCGUGCUUUGUGCAAUGUACAGCUGCAUUGAAAAUAUUGGAUGAUAUGAAUAUUGAAAUGGCUAACAGUGAUUUGUACAUAAACAAUAAACAUGCUGCCAAGUGCUUGUUUUAUGUUCCAGUACUGAAUGAUUUCAGCAACAAAUACAAUGAAAACUACAGGCAACCAAAUAAAAAAUCACACGGCAAUACUACCAACCAAUAAAAAAAAGCCUAUUUUAUGCUCUAUAUUAUAUUAGCACCAGCCCCCCGUGAUGUGCAUGUGGCAGCACAUGCCUGACUGCAGAUCGUCAGGAUCAUGUCCGCUAACUUACAUCAUUGUGGUGGGCACUCCCUAAAACGCAGCCUCCACCUCCUUAAUAACUUUUAUUAUAGGUAUUUUGAAGCUUGGGUGGUAGGCCUUAAAGGGCUUUGGGAAGAAUGUUAUCUCCUCUCGCAGUACAAUGGCGCGCUGAAGUUGACUUAAUGAACAUGAUGGAUCUUACACCAUGCUCACAUCCAUAUCACAUCCAUCUUCGAAGGCAAGGUUCAGAUGCCGUUGGACUAGCGGAGUACAAGAAAGCCAACAUAAUUAUAAAAGAUUGACAAACGUAACGUUUAACUACAGACAUUCUAGCAGAAGACACGCCAUGUUUGUUUACAACUGACGUCACUGGUAGGCGCUCGUGGAAAACGUCAUUGCAGCGACAGCGCCUGCGAAAUCGAAAAGCAGCCUCACGCACUCUCAGUCAAGUCUUUUACAAGAACAAUAUUUAACAGAAGUGCGUUUUUUGAGGGUUUUUUCCACAGAUAAUUAACCAUAUAAUUUAUCGUUUAAAAGUAAAGGUAUACGGAAACAUUGAAUUCAAAACGCCUUCUGGUUUUAAGAGGAAACAGUUGAUACUUUGACGUGCCACCUAUUAUUUUAACAGGUGUAUGCGCGACAUACUCACGUGGGAUAAUAAGGACAUAUCUUUAAAUAUAAAUCAGUUUAGAUUUUUUGUAAUUGUUUGGGUUGCGUUGCUUUUGAAGGCUACCUUUUGACGUUUCCCCUCACAUGAUAGACUGUUAUCUAAAGCUUCCUCCCCAGCAUGGAUGUGGUACGCUGUGUAAGAUCCCUCAUGGAUCUGCAAAGUCAGCUUCAGAGAGCCAUUGCACUGCAGGAGGAGAUUCAGACCGAGGUACUGACCCACCUUCUUCAUCCCCGAAGCACCAGGAGGCUAAAGAAUGAGAGGGGUUUUGAAGCCGGCGAAGAUGUUGAGGCAUACUUUGCUGCCUUUGAGAGAGCAGCCACUGCCUUCAAGGUUCCUCAAAGGAAAUGGGGCACACAGGUGAGGAAGCUCCUUGGUAUGGACAAGUGUGAAGGGCAGGACCCUUCACUCCAGAAUCAGGAGUAUGAGGUUGUUAAAGACAGAUUGCGCAGUCAGGCAAGUGUGGCAGAAGAGCAGUGGCAAGUUAACUUCACUUUAGCCAGUUUUGAUUCUAUGAAAGGGCCCAGGGAGCUAGGUGAAGGGCUGGAUGAAGCAACCAGGCGCUGGCUAAAACCAGAGCGAAGAAGUGCAGGGGAGGUGGUGCAACGUGUGGCACUGCAAAAGUUUGUAACCCUCCUGCCUAGAGCUGCAAGUGGUUGGGUGUUUCAACAUCAGCCUAAGGACAUGGAAGAGGCAAUUCGUCUGGCAGAACAGUUCCUCGGAAAUAGAAACAAGGAGGAGUAUAGAGAGAGACGAGAGGAAGCUGCUGGGGAGCAAUACGCAAUAAACUCAUCAGAGAAGCCUGGUGCAUCAGAGUUUCGAGCAACUGAAACUAAUGCCCUAGAGAGAAAGGAUCACAGACCAUGGACAACAGCACCAAAGGAGGAAACAUCAUUGAAACUCUGCCAGUCUGACAGCUUUAAUGUUGAAGUAGGACUGGGGGCAAUUUACCUUGAGGAGGGAGGGGUAGAAGGGCAAGAGGAAGACUCUGUUGACCAGGAGCCAGUGGAGGAGGACUGCUGCAGCACAGAAAUUGUGAUAGAAUCACCAUCUUCGGACACAAGCCAGCCACCACUGACUACCACUAGAAGACACAUAGUCAAGAAAACCACCACCAGAGUGACGAAAAUGUCCUCUGAACAUGAUGCAAAAGAAGCUACACCUACUAGGAGUCAUGCAUGUUCUGACUGUGGAAAGAAUUUCACCAGGCUGUGGCACUUGCGCCGACACAAGUGUGGGCUGAUGCCAUUUGCCUGCCAGAAGUGCAAGGUGACCUUCGCCUCCCACACUCAGCUGGCACAACACCGGCGCAUCCACGGCAAGAUCCUCAGCUGCCCCUACUGUGGGAGACUCUUCCGUGACAAGUUCAACCUGCGGAACCACGUGCGCACGCACACGGGGGAGAGGCCGUACCAGUGCCCCGACUGCGGAGAUACGUUCGCCCAGGAGAAGGGCAUGCUGGAGCACCGGAACAUUCACACGGGGCAGAGGCCGUUCGUAUGCCAUGAAUGCGGGAAGGGCUUUUGCCACAGCCGAACCCUAAGCAAACACCGGCAGCUGCAUUCUGAGUUGAGGCCUUUCCUCUGCACGUUGUGUGGGAAGACGUUCAAAAUAAAAGACAGUUUGAAAAGACACCAGUUGGUUCAUGACAAGAAUAGAAAGAACUGUAAGAAUGCUGAAGUUACGCAUUGAAUUCCUAUAGCAGAGAAGUAGACUAUGCAUACUAAUUUCUGCUAAUUUAUCUAUGGAUAAAUAUGAUAAAAGAUGCGUUUUGAUUUGAAGUCUGGAAUAUAUUGGGAUUGACAAUGGGAAAAACGUAUCCGGGAAAAUGAAGAAAAGAGGUUCACAUCAUUAUCAACAACUUCACUGCAAUAUUAGGACAUUUUCUGCUAUAAAGAUUAAUCCUUUCAUCAUCUAAAAGCAAACAUUUCAGACAAUAAAAGAAGCACAUCAGUGUUUAUAGCUGUUUAUUUUAACUAUAUACAGCAGUUCUCACAGUUUAACAACUUAUCUUGUUUCUCUUUGUUUAUGUUAUGGCAAUUCAUUUUAUAUUACUAUGGUUUGAUUUGAGUUUGUUUACCUUCAAAACACCUGGACUUUCCCUAUACUAUCACGUUAUUUUUUUUCUUUUGCAAAAUCUAAAAUCUAAAUGUCUCUUUUUACUACCUAAUUAAACAAGUUCCUCUGUAAAAGAUGAAGUAUUUACCACCUCGUUGGACAAUUAAGGCCAAUAAUAAGGUUCACUAUGUGUGCAGCUGUUGUUUACUCAAACUCUGGUAGAGGGCAACAUUGAGUGCUACUGUGCAAAUACUGCCUAUCAUAGAUGCAUGCAUAUCAUAGACAUUGUACAGAACAGUGAUGUGCAGUAAGAUCAGAGCCUGUGUAGGCAGUGUGUAUUCUCAAAUUCAAACUAGAUGUAAUUCAGCACAAAAAGGGUGGCGUACAAAGGUAUCUAUGGCUAACAUUCUCUGCUACUCUAAGUAAGCCUCCUUAAGCGUCAUCCUUAGCAAACUCACAACCACCCAGUGUUGUCUUGUCUAGAUAGAAUAUUUAAAUAUGUAAUGGAAAAUAAAAUAUUUGCAUACGCUUA